UGCACGGCUGAGUUAACUGGAGAAGUAAAACACGAGCUAAUCUUUCUCUUGGUGGUUAAUAUUUCUGUGUCCAUUACUGCAUUUCUAGGGAACACUCUGAUCCUAGUAGCUCUAAAGAAAGAAUCUUCACUUCAUCCGCCGUCCAAACUCCUGUAUCGUAACCUAGCGAUAACUGAUCUCUGUGUCGGUUUGAUUGCAGAGCCUGUUUAUGUUGCCUAUUUUAUGUCCGUGCUAAGAGAUAAAUGGGAUAUUUGCUUUUACGCGCAUGUGUUAUCUUUUUUCACGUGCUAUGUUUUUAGUGCCGUGUCAUUAUUUACAUUGGCUGUAAUCAGCGUGGACAGACUUCUCGCCCUGUUACUGGGGCUGAGAUACAGACAAGUUGUAACUUUGAAAAGGACACUCGUGACCCUAAUUGUUGGUUGGAUUUUAUCCAUUGUGGGUAUAUUGACCUACCUUUGGAAUCCUAUUGUGACGUCAUGGUGCAUCAAGGUAGCCUUAUCUGUUUGUCUCGUCACCUCAUUUGUCUGUUACGUCAAGAUUUUCUUGAUUCUGCGUCAUAACCAAAUCCAAGUGCUGGACCACUUUCUUCAAAGACAGCAGAACCAACCGGUUCCGCUUAACAUAGCGCGAUACAGAAAGGCAGUGUCUGCUGCAUUGUGGGUGCAGAUGACAUUGGUUGUUUCUUACCUGCCGUUUCUUAUAAACGAAGCUUUGAAACAUCAGCGAGGGAUACCACUAUCGCUUUACCAUGCAAGGGAAUUUACCGGUACCUUAGUUCUUCUAAACUCCUCUUUAAACCCGGUCCUGUACUGUUGGAAGAUUAGAGAAGUAAGGCAAGCCGUAAAGGAUACCAUGAGAGAACUUUUAUGUUCAUCGCCAAAUUAGAUUGUUAUAUAGCUGGAGAAUUUUUUCCAACAGCGCGUGCUCUCUUUGGUUACUUCCAGGUCGCAUGAAAUCUAUAACGAGGAAACUGUUUCUCGCCAAAAUCUCUGAGCUGGCAACAUUGCAAAUCUAUGACGUCAGAGGGUAACAGUGCACUGUUCCCUGCGACUAGGGACUUUACGCAGUGACGAGAGGAAUUAAGCUUAGACGACGGCGUUCGCUUUGAAAUUACGUCACGAGCAUGCCCCAUCGUGAAGGUAUUCAUGUGUAAAAGCCAUCGUGCUCCAGUCCACGACUUCAGUUCGCCUGUUUUGGAGUCGACUUGUCGACGUGAGUCGACAUGAGUUGUAUUGCUUAGAAAAUAUUUUUCGUCGCUACAUUUACCGCUCCAUCGACCUUUAACUUCAGCUCAUUCAUCAUAGUUUCCAACCUGAUGAUUUUUUGAGAAAUCGAAUCGCGCAUCUUGAAACGAACACGAGGUCAUCAACGUAAGUUAACUAUUUUACAUCCAGAAAACAGACGUGGUUUUGUUUCCACUAGUUUCCAUUGAUUUAAGAAUGAAAGUGUUAACAAAUAUUUGUGAGCAGUCGCAUAUUCGGCGGUUCUUUAAUAUGAGGCUAAACGGUCGAGAAUUUUGGCUUGAUUUGUUUAAAUCAUACAACAGCAAAAAAAUCUUCGUCAUUGAUAAAAUUUUCAUUUCCGAACUGUGAGCAAAAAGCAACAUAUCUCUGACUUCUUUUAAAGAACGCAUACCGUAUAAAGCAGUCACUAGUCGGGAAUCAAGGUUUUAGAAUCAACAGUUGCACAGAUAAACAGUUUAAUAGUUUAAGUCUAAUCCCUUUCGCCCGCGUCGCCGAGAAAAUUGUUUUGCAUUUCGCGCCAAACUCAGGAGUGCCUUCGUAGAAUUCAUCGAUGCGUAACGUAACUCGACAGUGGACAGACUGAGGUUAUCGUUCCAGUCCCUUUCGGUCGGAAAUACCGUCAUGAAAACCUCCCGUCGUCGUUGCGUACAGUCCCUAAUGUUGACCGACGACCGCCGUUACAGCGAGGUUUAUUGAAUUUCCAGGCUCAAAAUUACCAGGGCUCCGCCUCGGGAAACAUUGAGAUUCUCGAGAAACAAAAUUAAUUGUUUUUCUUAGGACCAGUCAUUAAGUAUUUAUUGUUAGAUCUAUUGACUACAGUCGGGCCUCCCUUAAGCGACCGCUCAAAAUGCGAAGUUUUAAUGGUGAAUUACGGCACGGUGUUGCUUACGGAUCUUCUUUUUGGAGGGAAUUUAUUGCAUGCAAUUUCCAAGGUACGAUAUAAGUCGUUUCAUGUUUUGACAGAAAGUUUUUCGUAUGUUCGUAUACAGCGCUGAAAGAGAUCACAACAUACGCAAAGUGGUCGCUUAUUAUAUGUGUACAGUCAACUUUUGCCUUGCGGACACCUCGCUAUAACGGAUACCCCGAUAAUAAGGACAGUAGCUAAAUCCCUGGCAAAAACAAAUUACAGACGUUUGACUGAAACAAACUCCCGCUAUUAUGGACUCUCGUUAGUGAGGACACUAACUCGAGGUCCUUUACAGUGUCCGCAAUAACCGGAGUUAACUGAAGUCCUCUUCUUUUGGAAUUUUGUAGUCCUCUUUUUAAGGGUAUUGGUAAUGUCGAGGCUAAUAAAAUGGAGAACACUAACUAUUAUUUAUGGCUAUUAAUUAUUAAGAUCCAUUUUAAACUAUUCGAAGUCUGUUUCAUAUGAUACCCUCUUAAAUAUAGCUGCAUGACUGAUAUCCAAACUUUAGAUCAGCAUCAACAGUUUCAGUCGUUAAUUAUGCUGUACAAGUGUUUGUACCGACCAGUGCGUACUGUAUGUUAGUGGAUUUUUUUACAUUUAAGAGUGUCUCAUGCAAUUUACGUGAGCUUGGCACAACGCUUGAGCUACCAUCUUUUAAUUUAGAAUGUAUGCAUAAAUCUUUUACGUGAAAUAGUUCAUCGCCAGUAAUUAGAGAAUCGAAAGACAUUAGAAUUUUUAAGCGAUCUCUUGAAGCCUUCAUGUUUAAAAGCUUUCAAAUUUUAUAAGGAUUUUAAAUUUUAUCUGUAAAUAAUGUCUGUGAAUACUAAUUGUAAAUAUCAUUUUUAACGUAUUAGUAUUUUAGAUUGCUCGUUAUUACUUGAGUAGUUUUUAUUGAUUUCUUUUACAUUUAUUUCAUUAUACAUGUACACGUUUUAAUCGAACACAUGUGAUUUAGUCCUAGGUGUCCCGUGGUUAAAUAAAGUUGAUUUAUUGAUUAAUUAUAAAAACGUUAUCCCAAAAAGAGUCGUAGUUCUAAUUACCGUAGAAAGGCCUGCUUGAGAACACUUAACCCUAAUAAGACCAGCCGUUUUUGCUUCCGGAGCUCCGAACCGCCCCCACCCCCUCUAUAACUGCAAAACCGCUCAUGAUACUGCCACCAAAAUUACACGAAAUAAUAUAAUCAUCAUUUCCAACAUCUAUAGACAUAAUUUGAUUGACACAAUGGGGUAAUUUGACCACAUUAUGACGUCGUAUUGUUGAAUUUAUUGGCAGAAUCCAAAUUCCAUCAAUUUCCCCCCUCAAAACGAAAAAUACUUAAAAUAGUUAAGCGUGUCACAAGAUCAAGGAGUUGGCCAGUGCAUUAAUAACCUUUAACAACAGCAGUGAUGUCAUGGUGACAUCAUUUAUUACCAGGAGCCCAUAAGCAGGAGUGAGAAAGUUUUCCUUGAGCUAGUGUCAUGGCGUUUUCAUGGACCAGAAAUAUUUUUAGACCGGUUUGGGCGCUAAUAUUAAAUAUCUUUUAAAUCCCACAAACCAGUCAGCAAAACCUACAGACCUAAAAAUGAUAUAUAUUUUUGCCUUUUAAUAACGUUUACUUUUUCUUUUUGUUAUCUUAUCCUUCGAAUGCGCUCAUAGACCGUGGUGGAGAUUCUAUUUUCGCGGGAAAAAAUGCCCUAAAAACUGAUCCGUAAAAUGUCGCGACAUGGGCCAAGUAUGGGAGUUGCUCGCUCCGGGUUAUGGGCUCCUGUUAUUACUAAGAAGGAUCUGGAACCAUCCAUCAUCUUGGAUCCGUGAAUUUGAAUUAAUUAAAUGUAUUCAAUUUUCCCUAAAACCCAUCUAAAUGAGGAAACUGCAAUAGGAAAAAAUUGAUUUGUGUGUAACAGGAUGCUUAGGAAACUAACAAAUCCGUUAGUUGUGAAUAUUCGCGAAAUGAACAAGAAUGUUAAGAAUAGAAACGCUAACAUCUGCCAAGCACUUGGUCUUUUAAAUUCACGUGUUUUUCUCAAAACAGUCUCAGAAAAGCCUGGAUUACACUAACAGCUACUAUUGAUAAAUUUGUUAGAAUAUUGCUAAAUUUAAUAAGUAAAAAUAGAAAUAAAUCCUUUAAAUAGGAAAAAAGCAAAUUUUGAAAAGCAUGGUGGUCAAUUUCGGUUGACAUGGAUCCAAAAGAGCCCCCCGUCUGAAAAGGGUUAACCUACUACUGAUAAUAAAACAUAUGUAAUAUGCUACAAUUAAAUAAAAGAUUGAAUCUAUACGUAAAACCAAAAUAUGACUUUUUGAAACCUACUUUAAAGAGAAAUAUCUCAAACAUCUCUUUUCAUUGAGUGCGAUAAAAAAUUUCGCAACUUCUAAAAAUUAAAAUUAAUAAAACUGAAUUUAGAAUUAAAUUCUGAUGAAUAUUUAGUGCUAGGUGAGAGUUGAUAUGUUGCGCAUAGGUUACACUUUUUGAAGAGAUAUAGUUUCAAGAAUAUUGGUCAGAUCAAGUACCUCUGGUCUUUAUGUAGGGUUUGUGCCGUAGAGUAAGAGUCUAUGAAGUGAAGGGAUCGCUUUCCAAAGUGACGGGCGAAAAACGAGAAAGACUCUUACCGUAUUUAUUCGAAUAAGUGCCCAACCUCGAAUAAGCAUCCAUCCUAAAGACAAAAAAAGGUAAUAAGCGCUCAGCCUCGAAUAAGCGCCCAGUCCAACCCACCUCCCUCCCAGUCAAACUCAAAUAAGCGCCCACUCCCACCCCACCCCAUUUCCCUUCCCACCCUCUCUAAAAAAAUUGAAUAUAAUUAAUAACAGACUUCCCCGAAGGCGGUGUUUUCUUCAAAGUAUUUUACAGAAACCUCAGUUGUUUUGUUACAUCUUCGCGUUUUGUUAUCAAAUGUACCAUUUAUUAUUUUGUUGCAAAACAAGCAUUACUACGCUUGCUUAAAAUGGUGUAAAAUGUAAUAAGCGCCCACCUCGAAUAAUUUAAUAAGCACCCAGCGCGGUUAAUCGAAUAAAUACGGUAAGUGAUUGGGGAGGUGCUAUUUUAACAAACCUUUCUUUAUGUGUGCACCUGCUUGGUCUAAACGUAAAAAAAAAAAACAAAGCAAAAUAUGUCGUGAAAGAUCAACUUUCCUCUGAAUAAAGGCUUACUUCGAAAUGUGAACUAAAUUUCGCAAGCUGCAUAACCGUGACUUAUCAUUUUCAUGCUAUCAAAUAGAGUACAGAACUAGCUCAGUAGAACUCCAUGCAUCUAGAGGAGUUGCAAGUGUGUUUUGAGUAUAAAGCUUAUUACAUGUAUAUAGCUGCUUCUAACUCAGAGUAAACAUUGAUUUUCAGACUCACAAAUUUAAUUUAAAAGUGUCACCUUAGCGAAAAUUGAAACGCCUUGGUCAUACCGGAGAAAAGUAUUCCUGCAAGUCUUCGUUCUUCAAACAGAUCUAGAAUCGAUGAACGAGAAGUUCGUGAGGAAACCAUUGAAACUCGUUGAUUGACGUCCACGAAAGCUCAAGAUUUAACCGAGAGGAAAAACUUUUUCAGGCCGCGUUUGACCAAAAAAUUUAGCAUCAAAGACCUUUAUCUUUAUUUUUUUGAUGUUCUAUGUGUAAGACAAUUGUGCCAUCAUUUGUAACUGUAUUCCUUUCGCGUUAAAUGGUUUCUCAUCGUACACUUGAAUAACGUCGUUACUUCAUUUAAAUGUUACUUCAGAAGACGUAUGCUAAAGCAUACGAAACGUCAAGUUAAAAGACCCUCUUUGUUAUUCUUCAAGCACUGCGGCGUAUAUUUGCGUAGUUUGUGUGAUAUUCCUUAUUAAGUCGUUUGAUAUCUUGAUCCUCCUCCACAACCUGAGGGGCGAACUUUAUUGAGUCAAGGCUUAUAAUGAGGAAGCAGACCACUGAAUAUAACCUCAAAAAGGAAAGAGACAAGUUUUCGCAUUCCGAUUUUUGAUAGUGUAAGCAGUUUAUGUAAGAGACAUUAGAGACCUUAACGAAGUUUUUAGGCGACAGACGCAAAUCGGAAGUGAAGUUUCUGCGUGCAUUCUUAGGUGAUUGUUUUGUCCAGUUUCUUUGGCAGAUCGUCUCUAUAAAAGUAAAGUAAGGUACCAAUACAAAUUUAAAAGGUACAAGGCCUUACUUCCGAUUGAGGUACGUCACUCAAUCCCCCCCCCCCACCCCCACCCCAAUUGUCAGGAUUCAUAUUCACAUUCACAUUAUUUCUAAAUAAAGUUUCGAAAGCGUACAUACCUUAUUUCUCUUUGUAGUUUAUCUAGCUUAGUGUAACCAUAUAUUCAUCCCAAAUCGGAAGACAUUUGAGCUGCUAAAGACAAAUUAAAACAGAAAAGUCUCACCACCUCUCAGAAUUCUGAUUGGCUAAAAUUUCUCGGCUAUGUCUUCACAACCUGCUAGUGUUUACCGACUUUGAAAGAUGUUUGUCGAUAUCCAUAAAAAGUGUCGUCUUCUUUUCCGAUGAUUGACAGAAAAAUGGACAAACGGCGGCGCGGCGCUGUUUUGGCAGUCGCAGAGUUGGAGAAAGUGGCAGAAGAUUUCAAUCGUAAAGCGAAGACAGAACAGCCGAGCUAAAGCCUUAAAAAAUACAAGAAUAUCUGGAAAAAUCAUUCGACAGAUGAAGAUUAUCUUCGAGAAGAAACAUCCCUUCCUAGAAAUUCAGGGAUGAAUGAUACAUCUUUUUUUAUUCUAAAGCAUCGACCCAAAGCAUUAAUUGAGAAACGUCGAAAUUGGUCUAUUAUCAAACAUAGUUUCUUGCAUGAAAUUUUAUCAAUUUGGCUAUUUAUUUUCGGUGGCAAGCAGGUGAACAAAGUGAAACACACAGGGGAAAAGAACUAGGGGUAAGUAGAGGGUUAAAUAUCAGAAAAAAAAAAAAGAGAAAUAGAUUAUGAACUUUAAUCAUUCCUUAGAAACCUUUUUAUUCAGAAUUGCAAACUAAUUUUUGGAAGUUCAUUUUUUGCCGCAGACGAGGUUAAAUAGUGUCUGCGACGCAGGUUACAGAUGGCAUGGAGACGUUUUCCGUUGUGUGUGUUUUAUCUCCAUCUCUUUUUAGCCUUUACUUUGACGAUAUAAAGUUCUCUAAAGCCGGCAAGUGAUCUCCCUGCUCUUCCUCGAGAGUUAACAAACCAAAAUAUUCGGUGAAUUUGUUUAAAUAUAUUCUAGUUUUAUUUCGCCUUUUUGUGUGUUUUUUUCCUUUUUAAUUGUUUUGCUAUCGGGAGCAAUCCGCCAUGUAAAGAAUGUAAAUAUCAUAUUAUCCACUCCCCUCAGGGCUUUUCAGGGAUAAUUUACAACACUGGUUGGGGGACUUUGCCAGACUGCUAAGGUGCAGUUUACAAAUAAUGAAGGAGUGAGUGAUGAUGCCCCCAUGCAUGAG